GUCGCUCGCCUCAAGCAGCCACUGCCCGUCCAAGUGUUCAAAAUCUGAUUUACAGGACCCAGAAUGAGACAGUCAACAAUUCUUGUUCUCCUUUUCUGGAUGAUCUCACUUGCUACAACACAGUUCAUCAACGAGCUCAAUCGACCUGAAUUCCUGAGGCCAGAUGUUCAAUUCCUGAAGCGAAGUUCGUUGUCGAAUAUGAUGAGGCUGGGUAAACGCGACUCGAAACGUGGAUCGCUUGGAAAUUUAAUGAGGCUUGGACGUUGAAGUCGACUGCAAAUGUUCUGAAAAAAGCAGUGAUCUCUCUGGUUUCUCAUCUGGUGUAUGAAUUGCCUAUUGAAAUGUCGAAUAAAUGGUUAGAGUAUG